AUGGGAAAAGCCGCGCGACGGUCAGUUGCGUCAGAUCCGUCGUCGCCGACCUUACUCUAUCAGCAACCUCACCAUCAACAGCAGCCACAGCAGCAGUCAGAGCCACUUGUCCAUCAACGGCAAGUGCCCUACUAUCACCCAUCGCCCUCCCUGCCCUACUCGUCGCCAGCCUGGUCGCCCUGGGCGUCUACGCCGGUGGAGUCCUUCUCGACGUCGUCGUCGAGCGCCGAUCCUGGUCGCGACUCGGUGACCGCAGCCUUCGCGUCGUCCUCCACUCCCGCAGCCACCGGGCCGCAGCUACAGGCGCCCCGAACCGCAACACUUCAGUCGGCUCCAGCCGCCUCCUCGCUAGCCCCCGCUAGCAGUCCCCGGGACGCCCCGGAGACCGGUUCGGGUGCGAGCGAACCGUUUCGCAUCCACUCUUCCACCGCGGCCACACCAACCAACAACAACAACUUCACGCCGGAGUUCAGGUAACACGCACCCCGCCCCCCCACGCAACCCCACACGUUUGGCACUAGGCCCAGUGAGGCCAGUGAAACGCCGGGCGUCACCGGACCCUCCCUGGCCCCUCAAGCCACCCUGUUACCGUCGUUUCGUCUCUCCAGCAACCAAACGCAGGUCGAGCGGGAACGCGAGCGGCUCAGGAUGGAGUUCUACGCCACGUACGACGUGAUGACUGGCGUCCGGAUAGCGGCCACGCUCGGCGGUUUCUUCGGCCUAAUGGUGUUCCUCGUCAUCUACAAGAGCCGCACACGGUCGACGGCCAAAGCACUGAAGGACCCCACGAUAGCGGCCGUCGCCGCGGCGGUAAUAGAGGAGGAAGAGGAACGGGAACUGCAGGAGGCGAUCGAGGCGACGGCGUUCUCGUUGCUGCAGGAGGAGCUGAACAUCAACUACCCGGGGCUGCAGCGCGAUCGGCUGAUGUCGCUCGGGAACGUGAGUGCGCCGCCGAUGUUGAGCCGCGGCCGGCGCAUGUCCUCGAUCAGCGGCGGCUACAGCAGCCUGCUCAACCCGUCGCGGCGCUUCUCGUACAGCAGCACGCGCGGCCACCGGAACAGCGUGUCGGUGUCGUCGCGGGUCCUCAGUGCCUACAACAUGGGUGGCAGCUUCGGGCAGGACGACUACGUGCUCGAGUCCGACGGCGAGGAGGCGGACGACGAGUUCGACCAGUUCACCACGACGGCCGAGAUCGGCUACCCGAGCAACUACCUGUCCGUGCCGAGCAAGUGCAACGAGUCCCGGCGUAGCAGCGCCAUGACGUGCUGCAGCACCGAGAGCUCCUUCCUCGAGCGGCGGUGCUCGGCCAUUACGCUGGGCCUUUCUUCGUUACCACCGAUCUCGCGGUCUCCGUCGAGGCAGCAGAGCCGCGAUGAUACCGCCGACUGGGAACCGUUCUACCCGGGGAUCAACAUCAUCGAGCCGACGCCCAAAUCGUCGCCGUGUCCGAGCGAGCGGAUCACCCAUCGCGCCGCGCUCGACUUCGAGCGGCCGUCGACCUCGCGGGCGCGGACUUCCGGCGGGGUUCGGACGACGUCUGCCGCCCUGUCCUACGACGACAGCUCCAUCGACUGCAUCUCGGAGUACCCGGUCGGGGACGGGUUCGGCCCGUUACAUCCCGGGCGGCUCGUUGACCCGAGCAUAGCGGGCACCGUGGGGCGCCCGCUGUGGGCCACCGGUGGCCCAGCCGGGGACCCUAGCAAUAGUGCGCUUAUCAGUAGCAUUAGCACCAACACCACCACCACCGUUCAGCCGGGCAGCUGCAGCAGCGCCGGUGUCGUGCGCCGGGCACCCCUGGCGUCGCUCAGCUCGUUCCGGAUGUCGUCGGCCGACUGCCAGGACACGGAACCGAAGAGCUGCGGCUCGGACUCGGUGUUCGGCGAGGACAGUGGGGCCGACACCGACGAGGACCUGCAGCAGUUCAGCACCGACAGCGACGAGCUGAGCCUCACGAUGCCGUACGAGGAAGAGGCGGGCUACGCGGAGGACGCCAGGGGGCGCAGUUUGGCCCUCUACCGGCGACAGUCCACACUGGCGCAGUGCGACGACGACGACGACGAGGACGAGGAAUACGCCAUCGGUACGACCGUGACGACCGCUCCGUUGACGACGUACGAAGUCGAACAGGACGAGCGGCGGCGGCGGCCACCGCCACCGCAGCGACAGCCAACCACUGACACUAGCUAUUUAAGUAGUCUUUCAAUUAGCAAUCGCUCCGACAGCGUGGGGAACCGGAUCGAAACGAAAGCAAUCAUCGAAAGACAGCAUCCAAAUGACAGCAGCCAGCAGCAGCAGCAGCAGCGACAAUCACCGCUCGGUGCCAUUCCCAAGACGGUGGCGGUGGCGGCCCGCCGAGGGGCUCCGAUCGUGGCCGUUCACGCCCCGCCCGACGCGGACCCCCGGACGGGCGCCGCCUGUAGUGCCGCGCGGACGCGCAACAGCAUCCGGGCAAUCGAGCAGAAAUCGAGCAGCGAACGAGUGACGGAUUCGAGCUCCGCGUCCACCGCGCGCCAGCGGAACGUGGAGGUGAACGUGAUCGUGAAGGGGAGUGGAAGUGGCAGCGGUGGCAAUAGUGCCCCCAAAAGUCCCUCUGUGAUUCUCGAGCUACCGAUACUGGCGAUCGACGACGAGGACGACCCCUCGUCGGGCGCCACACCGGCCAACGAUCCCUGCAUACCGGGCCCGUCCCGCAAGUGGUCCAAGGAGACACUGUUCUAG